ACCGAGGUCCUGAACCCUGAUCUUUGCCUCCUGACGCGCCGCCGGCUCACGUGUCCCGGCCGAGGUGUGAUCUUGUGUUUUUUCCCGGAGCAGAAAAACGCCGGUUUUUAGGGGGAAAGUUCCUGAACGUCGCCGCAGAGCCGCGGCCCACUUGUCUCCGGUGACAAGUGGGCCUGUUUUUACACCUUCCUUCUAAAUAAGGAAGCGGCCUGACAGACAUAUGACCACCGACCCAAUUUGGGAGCGUCCCCAUCGCGUCCCACGGCCGCUGAACGCCACCAAUAAGCUCUCCCUCCCUCCUCCAGUCCGGCAGUGACAGCAGCCGAUUCCCCCCCAACUCUCCACACACUUGCUGUUUCCCUGCUGUCAGCACCUUCCCUCUUCCCUUGUGUUAUCCCGGCGGCGGAGUCAGCAUGAUGUCAUGGGAUGGGAUGCGUUAUCCCUGGCACGGGUGAACCCGGGUUAUUCGGUGAGUGGUGACGGAUUCAUUCUCAACUCUUGCCGGGAGAGGGGGACGAAGAAGAAGAAGAAGAAGAAGAAGAAGAGGAGGAAGAAAAGAGAGAGAGAGAAGGAGAGAGCGUGUGUGUGAGGAGAGAGAGGCGCGGAGGAGCUGCGAAACAUGGUAAUCACCGACAUCACCAUCACCAUCACCUCCAGCUCUGCCGCGCACUCUCCCGUCUCCUCUCCUCCUCCGCACCGGGGCUCGCGUCUCACGCCCGCAGCCCCGCGCCGCGCUCCCAGAAUAACCCGCCGGCAUGCCGAAGGAAGCAAAACAAGAGGAGCGGUAUUUUUAGGGUCAUUAAUUUCCACCACGUGGUCCGGAGGUAAACCGGAUGGCCGUUGCGCAAAGGUUCCGCGUCAGUAUGUCCUGCGAGGCCGGCACGCCGCACCGGACGCCGGCCGCGGCGCUUCUCCUGGGCUUUCUGCUGGGGGUCGUGUCGGCGUACCCGCUACCGGGCAGGACGAACGCCACCUCGGUGGAGACGCGCUGGGAGACCCUGUUCUCCCGCUCGGUGCUGGGGAUCUCCGGGGAGAAGCCCGAGCAGAACUGGGAGACGGACUACCUGCUGGGCAUCAAGAGGGUGCGGAGGCUCUACUGCAACGUGGGCAUCGGGUUUCACCUGCAGGUGCUCCCCGACGGCAGGAUUAACGGUGCACAUAAUGAAAACCAGUACACUCUGAUAGAGAUCUCCACGGUGGAGCGAGGGGUGGUGAGCCUCUACGGGGUGAGGAGCGAGCUGUUCGUCGCAAUGAACAGCCGGGGGAGGUUAUACGGAACGGUAGACAUUCUUCCACGACGAGUGCAAGUUCAAGGAGAGCCUGCUCGCGAACAACUACAACGCCUACGAGUCUCUGGUCUACAGAGGCUCCUACAUAGCACUGAGCAAGCACGGCCGCGUGAAGAGGGGCAACAAGGCCACCACGGCCAUGACUGUGACGCACUUCCUACCCCGAAUAUGACGAGCAAAAACUGGCAAUAACAAACUGAUUUGCACAUGUGGAUUAUUUCCCAGGUAACACGAACACCGCAUACGUACAAAGACAAAGCGGACUGUACAAGAAAGAAAUACAACUAUAUCUGAUAGUAUUUAUUCAAACUUUAUAUGUAUAUUUGGGUAGCUGACUUUGUAUUAGGAAAACUAUGGAAAUGCCAUUCUUUGCUGCUUUUAUGAUUUUCAUCAUUUUUGUGACGUGACGGAGACGGAGAGGCGUCAUCUGUCCCCUCGGUCUCCUUUGGGUGCUGGAGUGCUGAGUGUCAGGGGACGACAGGUCCUCCUUUUUGGAAAUGAAGCGGAUACGUUAUUACCUCAAAGUACCAUAUCCUGAGAGCAAGAGGGAGGAGAGGAAGAAGAAGAAGAGGAAGAGGAAGAAGAGGAAGAAGAAGAAGGAAGAAGAAGAAGGAAGACGUGUGCAUGAACUUUCUACAGAUUUUUUGUGUUUUUCGAUAAAGAAAUAUUUUUGUUGUCAUCCGUCAAGAACUUGGGACAUUUCCCCGUUGGAUUGUGUCCGUCGCUGUCAGGGGCAACUCGUGCACUUGCCAAAAUAUGGGCGGUUGUUUUUCUUGCUUUGUCAUGAGGAGGCGGUGCCUUGAAUUCCUACUUGCGGCCCCCUCACCCCUUGCAUGCGAGAGAGAGAAGUGGUGCUCAGGUCAGAAAUAGGAGUGAAACGCAAGUCAUCGCUCACAGAGACACCGCCGGCCCAAUUCCUAGAGGGCCAGAGGUUUCUCCGCUUUAUUUUCUUUCCAUAAUUAGAUCAAUUAAGUAAUGGAGACUCUAUGCUGCACAGGACCCAGUGGAGCCUCUUGUUAAUAUGGAAGGCUGGAUUUAGAGCACUCAAAUACCCCCCCCACCCCCCACCCCCCAACAUCAUGUCCAAGGGAGCUUCGACAAUCCCAGGUUUUACUUUCACAAAUGUGUGUGUGUGCUGUAUGUGUGGGCUUGAAUUUGUUUUUAAGUAUGUUUGUGGAUUUGCUCAGUUUAGGAGCUGUUUAGUUUGAGGGGUGGGGGUCGUCUUUAAUCGGGGGUGUCUGUGUAGCAGAAUAUCAGAGACCAGACACUGAAGAGACAUGUCCUCCGUGUGUGUGUGUGUGUGUGUGUGUGUGUGUCGUUCUCCCUCUGAUCAAACUGAGCUGGUGCGUCUGGUCUGUCGUUGACGUUUUGUUGCUGAUGGUUCAAACUGAUUUAAAGAAUCUGUUUUUUGAAAAUAUUGACUUUAUAGAACGUACCCAAGUGUUUCAGUGGCGAACCUUCGAACAUGUGCUUCCUGUGGAGAAGUUCAACUUUGGUGAACUUUGACCUGCGACCGGGCCCUGACUCUUCACAGGGGUUUGAUGAUAUUUGGCACUUACGAUGAUGAGCUCAUGCACAACUUAGUGGACGUCAUUGAUUAGUCAGUUCACUGUAAAUAAGACGGUUUAGUUUUUUGAGAGAGUUCAUGAUCCCAGAAUUUGUGAACAAAACUUCAGGGAACUGUCGGAUGAUUUGAGGUGAUUAUUGAAUCCCAGACUUUUAAGCUUUUGGUGCAUCAUCCAGUUUGGUCCCCGAGGCGUCUCGUGAAAGAAUAUGAGCGAUGUUGCAAAAAGCCGUGAACCAAAGGGUCACAGGAAGAUGUUCCUUCAGGAUUGAUGUCUGCAGCCAAUCAUACUUGAAUUCAAAGCCCUGCCUGCGCUUCUCUGUCAGACUGUAGUGUUCCAGUGUGGAGACGAGGGGGGGAGGGGAGGGGAGGGGAGGAGGGCAAAGGGCUGGCAGAGUUGAAGAUAGCGAUGAGGCACAGCGGACUCGGGAUUCAAGCAUGUGGCGCUCGUUGUUUGUGUAACUUGCCAAGGAUGCGGAUCAUGCGUGGUUCAAAUACCCGAGCGUAAGACCUGUGGGCCCCUCGUCUAUUGAUGUCACACAGUGAGCGCAGGGGCCACGGGAUUCUUGUUCCCAUUCGUCUGAGCAACGUUUGUACCAAGGUCGGAGAUGUAGGCCGCCGGCGUCCACUCUGUGUCCCCGACGCCGGCGAGUUUUCUGGUCCAUCUUUAACCACUUAUAACUUUGAGGAGCUCGGCAAGAGUUGUCUUGUAAUGUGCACUGUAGAGGGGGGGGUUGUGUGUUUGUGAUGCUGAAAUGAGGUGAUCUUGACUUUUAUUUUGAAAUUUCACUACUUGACCUGCAAUACUCUACUGUAAAUAGCAAAGUACCGGUCCAGGCCAGCUUGGUGAAAUAUGUUUUAGAAAAAGUAGCAAGACUCUGUCAGAUACAGCUCCCGUCUUAUCCCACAGUGUUUUACCUCAUGCCCGGUCUGACAUCACUGUAACUGACACAGUGAGCGAUGGUUUACGCCCUUUAAGCUCCAGCCUCCGUGUAGUAGCAGAGACGAUUGUGCAGUUGUCUGGUGAUGGUGUGUGUGUGUGUGUGAGUGUGUGUGAGUCUUGUCAUGUUACGUCUCUGCCAACGCAACAGUGGAGAUGGUAUCAGAUCAAUUCGGUGGACGGGGAUGUGAACUCAGAAGCUGUGGUUUGAGCUGCUGGUGAAUGGAGCUAAAAGGCCACGUAAUAAUAAAAAAACAAACAAGAAUCAAACGCUUCCAGGACAAAGGACACUCGAGUGAACAUUGUGUGAAUACUGUGAUUCAAGAGAACGACCUGACACCACCAGGAUGUUUUUGUGAUGUUUGUAGAUUUUUCUUUUUGAGCACUGAUCAUUUGUGUUUUGGGGGUUUUUCUCUUUUGUCUUUUUGGGGCCUCGAGCAUGUUAUCACUCAUUCUGACUGAUCAGCCUUCAUCACGUCACCUGGAGGUUUUUCUGGGUCGAUAUCACAGGACUGAAGAAUCGGUCGGAGAAGUUUUUAUUAAAACAUUUUUGGGGCUGAUUUGUCAAAAUGUACAAAAAGGUGCAGUUUUAUUAAAACUGAGUGCAAUUUACUGAGCAGGGGGAAGAUGCUGUUUCCCCCUUCGUGACGCUGUCAUCACAACAAGACGACACACGAGAUCACACCUUCCUGCGGUGAUGACAAGUCGGUGUCGACUACUGUCUAUUUAUUUGAUUUAUUAUGUUUCAGAGGACACUGUCAGCACAACAAUGGUGAAAUGGCAAAGUCCCAGUGGCUCCUCCAGACAUGAGAGAUGCAAUGGUACUGUGUGAAAUGAACGUUGAUAUUGUUUACACCUGCAGCAGCGUAGCUUAGAUCUGCUUGAGAGCUCGAGAACUGAACGUCUGAAGGAAACACGACGAGCUCCGCAGCUUUUGCAUGAUGUUAUUUCGGCAGAAAAACAGAAAAAGGUUGUAUGAUGUGAUUCAGCAGCGACUGAGAGAAGGUGCAUCGUUAACGGUGAAGUAAAAAUGUCAUCUUUUCUACAUGAACCUUUACUUCCUUAAUCCCCCCCCCCAAUCAUGCAUGUGGAGUUCUGAAUGGACGAGGUAUGUGUCACCACUUUUUGAUUAAGGAUCCAGUGUCUGGAUUUUGCCAUUUGUGCUCAUCAUACCUGUUCAGCUGGUUUUAAAAUGUGUUGGUUCACAGGGAACUGGAGGUCUGUGGGAGGAUCUGUGUGUGUGUGUGUGUCUGUGAUUGUGUGUGUGUGUGUGUGUGUGUGUGUCCCUGUGUGCCAGCAGCCUUUGUGUUUCUCUCUCAGUUUUCUAUUCCUGCACUGAGGGGAGAGUGCUUCCUCUGAGUCCCCCUCCUCUUUUUUAACAUAUACCUCACCUUCUGCCUUAGUUCCGAUUAUUGAAAUGAUUGUAAAUUAGUUUGAAACAACAGACUUCUCCAAUCAUUUUGUUUCUGAAAAAAAAUAUGAUGACGAGUAAGUAAAAUACUAUAUUGCAAAUGGUUUUCCUUUUAUUUUUGUACGUAUGUGCUGUGCACAGCAGUCAACUGUAUUCCUGAGAUGAUAAUUAAAGAGGUUUUGUAAAA